AUGGCUUCGUUUCUUGUUUGCCUGGGACGAUUCGCCUUUUUUAUUGUAAUGGGUAUACAGUUUGCUUCGCUUGCUGCAUAUCCAGCGACAUACGAAAGUAAUGAUGGCUAUUACGCGUUACUACUUCUCUACCUUCUCCCUUUUGGACUGUGGCUUUUUAUCAUGUGCAAAGACGACAACCUUCAAUGGCUAUUUUUUGUUUGGUUGCUGUACACGAUCACAUUCGUGAUCUUUAUAGGAAUUAUUUUUGGCGGGAAUGAUCCACUUGAGAAUAAACUCAACAAGGAGCAUUUUUUUGGUCCGAAUGUCUUAAAGAUGACCCUAUGCCUGUCUCCCGUUCUACUCUUGCUGCUUUUAAGCACUGGUACAGAUUCGCCGUCUUACAGAGAGCUGACUUGGAUGCUCUCCCUUCGAAUCGCCCUGGAUCUUUUCGAUGCAGUGGAAAUGUUGGAAGUUAUUCUCGACGAAAACGAACUAAGCCAUGACAUCCCAAGAGCGUUUGAAAAAGUCAUAAUUGGAUUUGUCUGUUUUAGUUUCUUGUUGUCGACGCUACAGAUUUUGGAGAUAAAGCUGGAUUACGGUGACUGGAAACCUCGGAAGUGUACAUCAGUAUCGCGAAAAACUCUUCAGAUUCUUUUUGUAAACGGUGUAUUUUUAGUACUUCGCUUAAUAAUUUACAGAAAGUACGGCAAAGAUGCAUCAAUUUUCAUCGCUAAAAAUUUCAUCAUAAUUAUUCUCAGCCUUUUUGAAAUAUGUUCCACAUGUAAAUGCUGUGGAUGUGAGGACUACUAUUGA